AUCAAUGACAUUAUACGAAUGUGAAUCUAUCAUUUUAUUUAAGAAAAAAAAAAGGCGAAAACACUAUAAGUGAUGUUUCAUCAUAUAAAAUAGUUAUAGUCCAAACUUUUAAAUAAAAAAAUAAUGUCAGUAACAUUUCACAACCUAAAACGUAAACCGGCUUAUUAAUGUUGUUUCGAAGCUUAUUUAAGUCUCUUCUUUUUGGUGUACCAAUCGGUGUAACAUUUUUGGACUCUGUGGGUUAUGUAGCGAGGGUCGAAGGCAUUUCUAUGCAACCUGUACUUAACCCAGAGUCUCAAAACAAGGAUUAUGUCUUCCUAUCACGAUGGUCGGUCAAUGAUUACCAAGUGAACAGAGGUGAUAUUAUUUCGUUGGUUUCUCCGAAAAAUCCCAAUCAAAUGAUAAUAAAGCGUGUCGUGGCGUUAGAAGGUGACGUCGUAAGAACCCUUGGCUAUAAAAACAAAUAUGUAAGGGUACCCGAAGGCUAUUGUUGGGUUGAAGGUGACCACACAGGCCAUACGCUUGAUAGCAACACAUUUGGUCCAGUCUCAUUAGGCUUAAUAAGUGCUAAGGCUUUGUAUAUAGUGUGGCCCCCAGAUAGAUGGCAGAGCUUGGAAGCUAAGUUACCAGAAAACAGAAAACCAAUCAGCUUAGCAGUUUGAUGAUACUUCCAAGUAAUUUUUACAAUAGUUACUGCAAUUUUACUUUUGGAAUAACAGUGUAGCUGUAUAAAUUAAUUGUGAUCGUGAAGCUGAGAUCUUGAUAUUUGUAUAUUUUACUUUUUAUUAACUAUUUAUUCAUGGUGAUUGCUGUGUUCAUUUGUUUAGAAUAAAUGCAAAUUUCAUAACAUAAAAAGAUUCUUACUAAUGAAGUUAUAUUAAGGAAUAAAGUUUUAAUAAAUCAAGAA